ACACAGAGAUGGAGCCCGACACAGAGAAUCUGGAGACCGUUCCUCCUGUCAGCACGGAGCAGGUGAACCAGAUUCUGAUUGGACGGAUGAAGGGGAUCCAAGGCCACUGCAACUCCUGCUACAUGGAUGCUGCCCUCUUCAGCUUGUUCUCCUGCUCCUCUGUGCUCGACUCCAUGCUGUUCAUAUCAACAAAACCUCAAGACGCCCCGAUCCAGAACACUCUGCUCUACGACAUCGUGAACCCCCUCCGCAGGAGAGGCUUUGUGGAGGGGCGGCACGUCAUGAAGCUGAGGCAACAGCUGCAGAAACACGGCUACAGUCAUUCCUUCACCACUGAUGAGAAGGAUCCAGAGGAGUUUCUCACCGUCAUCAUGCACCACAUCCUGGCUCUGGAUCCUCUGCUCAAACUCUCAGCUGGGAGUAAAGUGCAGGAGAGCUACUGCUAUCAGAUCUUCUUGGACCAGAAGCACAGCCUGGUGCUGCCCACCGUCCAGCAGCUUCUGGAGCAUUCUUUCCACAGCACAGGACUCAAGCUGGCAGAGGCUCCAUCCUGCCUCAUCCUCCAGAUGCCUCGCUUCGGGAAGAAAUUCAAAAUGUUUGACAAAAUCAUUCCCUCUCUGGAGCUGGACAUCACCGACCUCCUCUCUGAAGGUCCUCAGCAGUGCAUGCUGUGUGGAAACUUGGCGCAGAAAGAGUGCAAGGACUGUUUUGAAGAUCCUGUUUUCAGCCGAACAGGAUUCAAAAUCUUCUGCAGCAGGUGUUCUCAUCAGGUGCACGCUCAUCCUCAGCGCCAGUCCCAUAAACCAGCUGAUUUGGAAAUCCCAAAGGCUUAUAUUAGCCGCGGCACACCUCAACCUCAAGCUCUGACCAGAGACAAAAUGCAGCUGUUCGCUGUGCUCUGCAUCGAGACAAGCCACUACGUGUCCUUCAUCAAACACGGACCGAACAGCCAAGACUGGAUCUUCUUUGACAGCAUGGCGGACCGAGAAGGAGAGAGAGACGGCUACAACAUCCCAGAGGUUCAGGCCUGCCCUGAGGUCGCCAUGUACCUGGAAAUGUCUCCCGCCGAGCUGGCCACUCAGGUGCCUCGAGACAUGAAAGGUGUGGCCAAACGUCUGUUUUGUGACGCCUACAUGUACCUGUAUGAGAGCACCAGCAUGUGUCUCUAUCGCUGAGGGGACUCAGGAGGACCUUACUUCAUACGCUUCUAUUUCUGCUUCUGCUGCUCUGAUCAUUUUCUUUGGUUUGCUAAUCUGUUCUAAAUGUGGGGAAGAGUGCACACAUGAGUAUUUAAAACAUGUUAAACUUGGCGCCGGGACAGUAUCAGGCUUCAGUCAUUUGUACAGACUUUCUCUCUGAAAUGUUAUAUGAAGAAAAAAAGCACAAAACUGACUCGAUGAUUUUGCACUAUUCAAACAAAGAUGACAAUCACUGACAUGCAUCGGCAUGUGUUUGCAAAGAUGGACCACAUGGUAGGCAGGGUACUAUGAUUAAUCUCUAGUUUACUGUUUCCUGUUGCUGCUGCUGCUGUUUGAUAAUUAUCUGUAGAAGUUGAAUUCUUAGGAAAGAUAAUUCUUUGAAAAAUUGUUUUCAAUGAGUAGAGAGCGUUCGCAGUAGAAAGAAACGCUCUGUCUUUUUUGUGCAGCCGCUCCGAGCGCUCAAGUUGAAAAUUGUUCAACUUUUCAGAAAGGCACUGUUGAUACCACCGGCGCUCUUUUCCUACUGUCUGAGCAAGCGCUCCGGAGCGGGGAAGCCAGCGCUAGGUGGACACGUGGCCUUAAUGUUUAUAUUGUAUGAAUGACUUUCAGGCAAACCUUUUUUUUAAAGAAGACAGAAUGUAAAAGAUUUAAGAGUGGCCUGUUUUGAUUAUUGCCACCAAAGGAUCCUGUUGUAAAUAAGAUGUUAAAAGUUUGCUCUAUAAUUACACCAAUGUGUCUCAUCGCUGUAUGACUAGUUCCUCUGAUUGUUCAGGAUGGCGACUGGAAUUGGUUUCUUAUGAGAUUAAAGACAAAUGUUGUCCAGACUUUUAUGUUUUUGUUGUAAAAAUGUUGCUGCUUCUCUUGUAUACUCUCUGAUACGUUGUUUGUGAUAACAGUAUAAGGAAUUGCAUUGGAAAAUAAAGAGCUACAUGGUCCUGGCCUUUU